AUGAACGACUGGGCAGGCACUGAUCGAGAUGAUGGGGACAAUACGCCACCGACAAGGACCGGCUGCGAUUCCAAGAAGUGGACCAGGGGGUUUAAUGUAGUACCCUUUACCGCACCUGGCAGCUCAAUUUCGAGGGUAGGGAGAUGGGUACCUGAAGGACGGGAACCGGAAGUGGCCAUGGGGGGAAUGAGAGUGAGGAGGGAAGGGGUGGAUGGAACGAAAGGCAGUCAUGAUAUCGGUGGCCCCUGUGCCGAGAGAAAGGGACACGAGAGGCGUGGGAGAACGGGGCAAGGCUUCAUUCGGGCAUGGAUCGGAUCCGGGGGCAUCGAGUUCGCACCGCCAGCAGGAAAAAAUGGUCCGAGUUCAUCAUAUCGACGACAUCAUAACCGGCUGCUCGCAGAAGGGUGCAUGAGGACCGCAGCCUCCUGCCGUCUCUCGCUUAGGGCGUGUUUGCAUGCGGCCAGCGGUACACGCAGACUAGGGCAAGCACAAACUGCGGCCAAGGCCAGCCGCGGCCAGCCGUGGCUGGCCGGCGAUAUACCUACGUAUGGCAGUCGUCCGCCGGGUCUAGCCUGCCAGGCCCGGCAAUACCCACGACCCUUGGCCGCUUCUCGCUUGGCUAGUGCGGAGGGCCUCGGCGGCAAGAGCACCGGCUGGUUAGCUGGCAACGGCCACCACGAGUUUGGGGGCCGCGAUAUCGAUUUCUAG